ACAAUGUUUAGUGUUGAACCUGUCUCAACAUUAGUUUAAGCAAUUCUCAUACUUAAGGCUUACAGCUCUUUAAAAAUUUUGUUUUGAGGCUAUGCCAAGGCUUAAAAAGAUGAUACUAGUACGCAAAUAUGUUUUCAUUUUCUUUGGACUGUUAUUGGUAUUCAUUUGGCUAAAUCAUAGAAACAAGAGCAAUGAACGGGAAAUCAAGUUCGAGCAGUUUCCAGCCGUAACAGAGGAGACAGUGUCGGACUCGUCGCCGGCCGAUGCAGUGGCAAGGGAGAAGCACCUGCGUGAAAUGAUUCGUACUAACAAAAUAGUAGGUCGCUUUGCCCGAGUGCAAGAAACAGGCAAACCGCGAAUAGGAAAACUUAAAUUUUCCGAUUCAGAUAAUGAGCUGGCUGACGCCGUGGCGAAGCCAGUGCGUUAUUUUGUAAAUAAUAAGAAAUGCAAGAUGCCCUUCGCCGAUCCCUUUUCGCGCGAGGCAACGGAGAUCUUCAAGCCGUCCCAGCCAAAAGCCUGCUCCAAUGCGAGCGACGUGUUUCAACUGCAAUACGAUGCGCAGGCGAAACACUACAAGCUAAUUGUAAAUCAAGAAGUCUUGUCGAAAUUGAAUCCAGUCGUGUCCAGUAUCGACUGCAACUAUCGUGAAGUAACUCAGGGCACAGACGAAAAGUCCGAGCAUAACAGCAACGUUAGUCCGCCAGUUAACUUCAGGCUGCAAUGUGCCUUGCCGCCAAAUAUCAAAAGCAUUAUUGUGGAAUGCCAUGAUGCAGUUAACAGCGCGCGGAUCUUGCAGCGGGAUGCGUUCACCUUGAUCCAAGUGAACGAUACGAGCAGCCGGAUUGAGCCCCAGCCGCUGGAACGGCAGCCGAGCGUUGUAAUCCUCGGCUUGCACAGCAUGUCGCGUAUGAACUUUCAGCGAACAAUGCCAAAGACAGCGGCAUUCGUCACUCGAGUGGGCUGGUUCGAGAUGCAAGGCUAUAACAAGAUAGCUGACGAGAUUGCACCAAAUUUGAUGGCCAUUUUGUCGGGUGAAUCGGACAAGCGUUGUGGACCAGGCUCUGCUGGCUGUACGUGGAUCUGGAAGGACUACAAACGCGCUGGCUAUGCCACAGCCAUUGCUGAAGACAAUGCAGGCGAUGCUGCCUUCUUGCAGAAUACGCUUGGACUCGCAGACGUUGCGGUCGACCAUGAUCUGCGACCGCUGCUGCUGGGCAUUGGGCGAGCAUUGAGCUCAUACGAAAAGAUUGGAAACAGCUACUGCAUUGGCCGUCGGCUGGCUGUCUCGUAUGUCUACGACUUCUGUGCUCAGUUUACGGCGCGCUUUGUGCAGGAACUGCAGCGUCCGAUGUUUGGCUUCUUUUGGAGCGGCACGAUGACCAAUGACUCGAACUUUGGCGCCUCUGGCUUGGAUGCAAUAUUCGUCGAUUACAUGCAUAAGCUCGAGCAGCAGCAGCUCUUCGAGAAGUCUAUUGUUGUGCUAGUGAGCGAUCAUGGUGCACGGACUGGCGAGCUUAUGGAAUUGCCGGAUGGUUUCCUUGAGGAGCGCUUGCCCUUGCUGCACAUCUACCUGCCGCCUUGGUUCCGCAGCGCCUAUCCAAAUUACGCUCAGGCUUUGGCCCUGAACCACGAUCGCUUGUGCUCCAACUUCGAUCUGUAUAAUACGCUGAGGCACAUUCUCCAGCUGAAUGCCAAGACUCCAGCGAUGCUGCCCGCGCGGACAGCGUGUCCAAGCAGCCAAUCGCUGCUGCAUCCGCUGCCAAUGGAUCGCAGCUGUGAGGAUGCUUGCAUCGGCGAGCAUUGGUGUACGUGCAACAAGUUUGUCAAACAGAGCCUGAGUGGCGAAAUGUAUGUGCUUGGCAAGCAUGUCGUGUACUAUAUUAAUCGCUGGAUGCUUGUGCAUCACUUCAAUGCCGUGUGCCAGCGUCUGGGGCUGCAGGAUAUGGACCUGGCGGAGAGGAAGCUGCUGCAUGAGGAAAAUGCCAAGGAGCCGAUGUAUGGCUCGAUUGUCAUCUAUCGUUUGCGCUUCCGCACCUAUCCGGAUGUUGGAAAAUUCCAGGCAACAAUUCGCUACAAUCGCGAGCUGCAGAUCAUUGAGGACUUACACGUACCAGAUAUUAGUCGUUUGAAUAGCUAUAAAAAUAACUCAAGGUGUGUUAGUGAUAAGAUUGCUCAGAAGUUUUGUUUCUGCUAUCCCAAGGCCAAGCUCAGUGGGCCUAUGGAGGAUUGGCAAGUAGUAAAAUUAACGACCGUAUCAACGUUUUAGCUCCACGUGAAGAGCAGUGGAGAUUGAUAACUUUGAGUUUCGAAAAAUUUAAUGUCAUAUUUUUGUGUUGUAAAUUAAAACGAUUGGAUAUGUAUCGAA